AUGAGGGCCUCAGAGCAGUUCGUGUCACAUCGUGUGUAUCAGGUUACUAGAGAAUGCCAGGGUAACACUAUUGAAGAUCAACGAUUAAGGAUUGAUUGGAAGGCCUAUAGUACUAAGAUCUUUUUAAGACCUAAACGUUGUACUAACUGUUUGGCCUUUGGACAUUCAAAAAGAUUUUGUGAGAAUGUCAAAAUAUGUGCCGCCUGCUCUAAGGAGCAUGGAAAGGAAGAUUGUCAAAAGCCUUUGAAUGUGAUUACGCUGCAAGAGCCCUAUACUAUUAAGGGUAAGAUUGCUCAUCUACUUGGAAAUUGGAGAGUUGUAGGAAUUGAUAAUGGCAGGACUGGUAUUAUUGUUGCGGAUAGCAAUUUAGAGUUUACAGUAGAUGUACUUCAGGAUUGUAUUGUCGCAAUCACUGUUUUCCUGGAUCAAGUUAAAUUAGCUCUUAUUUCAGUUUAUUUUUCACCUGCAGAGGAUUUGGAGAUGCAUUUAUUUCAACUUGAAAAUGUUUUUAAACUCUAUACUUAUGAUUUUAUAGUUGUUGGUGAUUUUAAUUCCAAGAAUUUUAAUUGGGGAGCUAGGGAAAUGGAUCAAAGAGGAGUUUUAACUUACUAUUUUAUCGUACAAUAUAAUUUGAAGCUUUUAAAUAUUCAAGAUUUUACUCCAACCUUUUUUUCCUCUGUGGGGAGUGGCUGGACUGACCUUGCACUUUGUUCAUCUGGUAUGGAUAUCAGUAAUGUUAAAUAUGAAGUUCUAGAUUUGGAUACCCUUAGCGACCACAGAUAUAUUUUGAUUAAUUUGAAUGAUAUUAAAGUCAAUAGUUACAUUAGAAAGAAGUACUCUAGAAACAUUAAAAGAAUUGAAAUAAUAGUGAAGAAGAGUCGCAGGGAUAUUUUUGAUAUUGAAGACAAAGUUAGUUGUUCCUCCAACGCUUUAGAGUUGAAUAAUUGUAUUAGUGAAAUGGAGAGACUGUUGAUUAGUAAUAUGAAUAGAUAUCUAUUGAUUAAGAAGACCUUGCAACAUAAGAACUAUACCGUAUGGUGGGCUAAUGAAUUGGACAGUCUUAGAAGGAAAUUAAGAGCCUCUAGGAAAAGCUACCAAGUUAAAAACAUUCCUGAUGAGUUGCGAUUGCUACAAAUAAAAGAAGACAACAUAUUAUUUUGGAUAGGGAAGAUAAGAAUAAUGAUUCAGUCGAACAGUACUAUGACUAUUCUCCGCAGUGCUUUGAAAUUGGAUGAGGGCCAUUCCGGUGGAGUGGAGGACUCUGUGAUGAGAGACUCUUAUGAAGAAGAUAUAGGACAUGAAGAAAAUAGUCAGGAUUAUAGAGAAGUUUAUGAUUCCCCUUUUACGUACGAAGAAAUUUAUUGUGUGAUUUCAAGAUUAAGAACAAGAUCUGCUCCUGGUUUGGAUGGGAUAGCUGGAUCCGUUAUUGAAGGUAAAGAAAGAACGAACAAAAAGUCAAAAGAAGUAGACAAUAAAGCACGGUGCUUGCCUUUAUGGGGUCCCAUGUUUGUAGCAGGAAUAG